CAAGGCAAAGCAAAGGAAAGCAAAGCGAAAUCAAAUCCCGAAGAGAUGGCAAGUGCAAUCCACUGCUUAUCUUCUUCUUGUUUGAACAUUCAGUCGAAAUUCAAAACCCUUUCACUAAACAACAACUCUUCUAGUCAUCACUCAAACUUGGCCCCUUUCACCUCUCUCAGCUUCUCCUCCAACCUCUCUCCCAAUCUCUUCUCCAAAGGGUCUUUGACAAUGAGCACAAUCCAGAGGCCAAUUCAUCAUUCAGUUGUCUGCGAGGCAGCUCCAACGAAGAAAGCUGAUUCAGCUGCAAAAAGAGCCCGUCAAGCUGAGAAAAGGCGCAUUUACAACAAAUCUAAGAAAUCCGAAGUCAGAACCCGCAUGAAGAAGGUUCUGGAAGCACUGGACGGGCUCAGGAAAAAACCUGAAGCACAACCUGAGGAAGUCCUUCCAAUCGAGAAGCUGAUUGCAGAGGCAUAUUCAGUAAUUGACAAAGCAGUAAAAGUGGGAACACUUCACAGGAAUACUGGAGCUCGCAGGAAGUCUCGCCUUGCUAGAAGAAAAAAGGCUGUGGAAAUCCACCAUGGCUGGUAUACCCCAGAGGCAGCUCCUGCACAAACUGUCUAGUCAACAAGGAGCUGUGGGGAAUUGUCUUCUGUUUUCGUAUGUAGAGGUUGUGAACUGCUCGACAUUUUUGUUAUCAUAUAAUGUAUUCCAUCUUCUUCCAGGACACUCUUUUAUUAAGGCAUUUAGAAUUAGAGAUGUCAUUAACUUUGCAAAUGGUCAUGGCUGGAUAAAGGUCCACGUUGAGGACCGCUGAAUCCUAAUACGGGAAAGUAAGAAUA